AUGGAUUCUUCCAAGGACCAGAAGAACAACGAGGCAUGUACCGUGGACCUCCUCCCCGCGUCAUAUGCCGCCACUAACACAACCCAGGGCGAGAAGCAAUUCUCCAUCCAGCCCAUCAAGGACAAGGUCGAGCCCGAACUCGCCGCUCACAAAGCCCACGGCCCUGCCAUCGUCCAAAAUCUCCCCGGGCAAGAAGGCACCAAGGAAGAUCGCGAGGAGCGCAAGACCGAGCUCAACAAGUAG